GAAAGAGAAACACGUCCGUGUCUGACUAAUAGUGAUUAAUAGCGCAUAUACACGCCACUAUCAAACGGGAACGAGUUCAUCCUAGGAUCGUGAAGAAUUCCGGAGCGGCAUAUAUUAGGUCCGCGCUCUUCUCUCGCGCAAGUUCGUCUUUAUUCGUAAUAUCUCCCCUCUUCAUGGGACUCAUGCCAAGUCUCGAGAUCAGACAAUAUAGAUGUAAAUACAAACAGCGCAAUUGAAUCGUUUGAUUGCGCGUCCAUGGUCCGCGUACCCUCUCUAUUCGUUUAUAAAAUUUGCAGAACUCCAUAUAAACGUGGAAUAACCUUCCGCUUGAACGGAAGUAAUUUCGAUUCCGAACGAUUUUGCGAGUUCGAGGAACCAUUCAAGUUGCGUCACAACUCGCUUCACUGCAUAAGCUAAAUGGAUUUUGAAAAAGAUAAAGGAGAAAAAAAAAUAAAAGAAAAUUGACGGAGCCGGCGCUCCGAAAAAGAAUCUCUCACUCGUGCGAAUUUUCAUUCAAGUCGCGAACGCUAAUUGACCGACAUGUCGUCGCGCAAUAAAAUCGCUGUGUGUGUAUGUGUGUGUGUGUGUGUUCACGCCCGCUUCACGCACGCACACCCUGACACGCUCGGCUUCAGUGCAGAGACGGAAUUAAUUACCCGACCGGGGCGCAUAUCGAAAUAAUCAAUAACGCGUAGCAUGUAAUUAGAACGUUAAAAAUAUCGCGCUUUGCAUUACACACCGUUAUUAACCGAACGCGCGCGCGUUUGUGCCGCUCGGCGACACGGUAUGUACAUGAUGUUGCGGCUCUCUCGUACGAGCGAGGGGCUCACGCGGCAAACAUUUUGUGCAGCGUCCCCCCGAGCCGGCCGUUGUGCGCCCUGACAACCACGAGAGAGAGAGCGCUGGAUCAACAGGGAAGGGUAUAGAACAGUGAGAAGAGACGCGCGGGACGGCCGCGUCGGUUGGAGGAAACGCGACGGGCAGGAUGAGAACGCGCACGAUGAUAACGACGCCGGGAAACGUGUCGGCGAUGGUGUGACCUCGCGGACACCGUGUAUAAAAAGAACACGGGAAGCCGAGAAGGUACGGCGAAGGGGAGGAGGAGGAGGAGGAGGAGAAGAAGGAGGAGGAGAGGAGAGGGAGGAGUGAGAGAGAGAGGAGAGAGAAGGGAGCGUCGCGUCGUCGCAGGCUUUCGACAAUUUAGCGGCGGUAGGAUCGAAGGUCAUGGCGACCCCACCGGACUCGCCGGGACCGGAAGAAGCCUUCUUCGACUUUGAGAGCACGAGGGCGAGGCAGCAGACCACCAGGCCGGUGCCUAUCGAGGAGCUUCUGCGACAAACCAAGUUCUCCCGCCAGGAGAUCCGAGUUAUGUACCGAGGCUUCAAGCAGGAGUGUCCCGAGGGAGUAGUUCACGAGGAUUCGUUCAAGGACAUUUACGCGAAAUUCUUCCCGCACGGCAACUCCAGUCUCUACGCCCACUACGUGUUCAAGGCCUUCGACGUUAAUUGCAACGGGGCCAUCAGCUUCAGGGACCUUCUCGUGACACUGUCGACUCUGCUGCGGGGCAGCAUUUACGAGAAAUUGAGAUGGACCUUCAAGCUGUACGAUAUAAAUGGCGAUGGCUGCAUCACCAGGAGCGAGUUGGGCGAAGUAGUGACGGCGGUUCACGAGCUCAUGGGUAGGCGGCAUCAGGCUGAGGAGGAGAGGAAGGCGAGGGAACAGCUGGACAGGGUCUUCAAGAAACUCGAUCUCAACCAGGACGGUGUUAUCACGAUCGAGGAGUUUAUCGAGAGUUGUUUGAAGGACGAAGUGAUCACACGGUCGUUGGCGAUGUUCGACUGCGCGCUUUGAUCUCCGGUUAAGGACGAGCCUCCAGCGGUCACCGCGACGCCGCCGACGCCGCUCUCGACGACGACGUUCUCGCAAUCCCUGUCUCCGUCGCCGCCGCCGCCGUCCUACUCCCUACUACCGCCUAUUCCGCCGCCCCUACCCUCGCAACCGCCACCCGGGUACACCGUCCAGGAUCAGGAGCUCUAUUUGCUCCUGGCCGCUCACUGGUGGAAUCAACCCGAGGCGCCGCUCUUCUGCUGAGAGGCAACGCGAUAACAUAGCAGUCGAGGAUACAAUACGCAAGUUGUCGUCCUUAUCCUCGCCGACCGACAGACUAACGGAGCGUACUGGAGACUCACCGUUUCGAGAAUAACAACACGCGAAAUAUCGCAGAAUCACUGCUUCGCCCCAUCGUUGGGAUCUCGAUUUUGCGCUGGAAUGCGACGAUCCUGCGAUAUUUCGACGAGGCCGGAUAUUUCGGCAAUCGCGGAACCGACAAUUGGCGUUGAUCUCUGGCAGAAAUGAAGCGGAAUUACGCAAUCCAACGUCGCGCAAACGUUCAGUUUAAAGUCGACGUUAUUAAUAUGCGAGAUAUGUACCUGCAGCUCUUAUUGCGAUCUCCCGCAGCCGAAUCAGCACAGCAUCUUGAGAAGACACGUUCGAAAGGAAACGACAAAAUGAUAUCGAUCUCAAUAAGCGUAAAUAAAAUUCCGCGGUGCGCCGCGAGAGAAGAUCUGAAGUCGAGACACCGGGUUAUCGAGCAGUUUCAUGCCGAAUCGUAGCGUCAGGAAAUCCCAAGACGAUGACGACGUUGAUGAUAAAAACGAGAAAACGGCACGCGCGGCUGUGAGUAGGAGACGCGGCACGAAAACGAGGAUUCCACAUUGCGCGCGCGAGGUAGGAUAUCCUGAUUUUAUUUCUAUGUUCCUAAUUACUCACUACUCACGAACGUCGGAAAAUCGAUAGGAUAUUCAGAUACUAUCGCAACUAGUAUCAUAAGGACGUAGCCGAGAAAACCAUUGUAUUUCUACAUAGAAAUCCACACGAGACAUAUAUGCAGAACAUUUUUCUUUAAUAAUAUACUAAUAAUACUACUGUGAUCAAAAAGUAUCUGGAAUGGUUCAUUUAAACUGCGCGCGUGCAAGAUGGCACUGUUGUCGUUUUUUCCCAGGUUGGUACGACUUUCGUCGAUAUCUAACUGCAAUCCGUAUGUCAUUAUCUGUUUUCGUUCGCAAAUAAACACUUGUUUUGUGUGUAAAGAAUUUUUGAUGCAGCGGUUUUCUAAAAUGUCGAGUAAUUGAGCAAAGAGCAUGCAUUAAAUUUUGUUUUCGCAACGGAAUUGCUGCUACGAAAACAUUGCAAAUGUUGCAAAAAGUCUUUGGUGACAAUACUCUAUCAAAAAAAGAGUUCUCGAGCGGUACAAGAUGUUCAAGGAAAACAGAGAAUGUGUCGAAGAUGAACCACGCUCUGGUAGACCAUCCACUUCAACUGAUGAGCAAUACGAAGCUCACAUCACAGAGAUUUGAUGCUCAAUGAUCGUCGUUUAACAGUUAUAGACAUUAUUGAACAUGUUCACUUGAAUCUUAUCAAGCAAUUUUAAAAAAUCAUUUAGGCUUGCGGCGUGUCGCUUCUUAAGUCGUUUUGAAAACGUUCCGAAAACGUUCAUGAAUUUUUGGCUAAAAAUUCAAUAAAUACGGUUCUGCAAGCUCCUAUUGGCUCACCUGAUAUGGCACCGUAACUUUUUCCUGUUUCCUCGACUAAAAUUUCCGCUUCGUGGUCACCGUUUUGAGUCAGUUGAUGUCAUAAAAGAAAAGUUCGCUGCGAGUCCUAAAGAGGUUUCACGAAAACGAAAGCAUAUUUCGAGAACUGAAAAAAACAUUGAUGUAAGUGCAUUUAUAGUGGAAGAGGAUUACUUUGAAGGGGACAAAAUAAAUUUUGAUGAAUAAAUUCAAAUUUUUUGUUUUAUUAAACCAUUCCCGAUACUUUUUGAUCACAAUAGUAUAAUUUACAAGACUUGUAUCGUGCGGCUAGGAUAUGCUCAUACCGAAGCUAAAAAAAAAAAAUAUAUAUAUAUAUAUAAAUAUAUAUAUAUGUAUAUAUGACAACACAAUAAACGAAUAGUUUGAAAAAAUAUAUUUCUUAACCUGACGGUAUACAAAUUUGCCAUAUGUACAAGAAAAUAUGAGAAUAAUAAAAAAUAUUCUGUACUGAUGUA